AUGGCUCCUAGAGGAAUGGAACCCGAAGGCAUGACGUUGGCUAAACUCCAAAAGGGGUUGACUCUGAUGCUCAAAAUCCAAGAACAAUGCAAAAGAUGGUGUUUCACUGAAGAGACGUUCGUCGGAAUUGUCGAAGGAGAAACAUCCUCCACUCCUGAAGAAGAUGGGCGUGCUGCUAUCUUAAUGAAUGUGAUAGCACUGUCGUCCAGCCUUUGCGGCAUCAAACCACUACAAACGUUAAAGGAUAUCAUUGGACAUGAUUACUGUUUGCGUAUUAAGGAUAUGAGGAAUAGUGCAGGGCACGAGUAUUCCAAUAUUCCCGGGAAAAAUAACGUUAAUUAUGGGGAUAUGUGGAGUUUUAUUGAUAAAGAUUUCCCCCAGAUUAUGGUCAAGCUUGAGGGGGCUAUCAAGGAAAGGGAACCUUCUACUGCCGCUGUCCUUUAG